UUCCAUGUUGUGUGUGUACUGUGGGAGACCAGAUAUAGUGAAUGCGGGGUCCGGGGAGACCAGAUAUAGUGAAUGCAGGGUCUGGGGAGACCAGAUAUAGUGAAUGCAGGGUCCUGGGGAGACCAGAUAUAGUGAAUGCAGGGUCCGGGGAGACCAGAUAUAGUGAAUGCAGGGUCCGGGGAGACCAGAUAUAGUGAAUGCAGGGUCCGGGGAGAACCAGAUAUAGUGAAUGCAGGGUCCGGGGAGACCAGAUAUAGUGAAUGCAGGGGUCCGGGGAGAACAGAUAUAGUGAAUGCAGGGUCCGGGGGAGACCAGAUAUAGUGAAUGCAGGGUCUGGGGAGACCGAUAUAGGAAUGCAUGGUCCGGGGAGACCAGAUAUAGUGAAUGCAGGGUCGGGGGAGACCAGAUAUAGUGAAUGCAGGGUCUUGGG